AUGGGUCCCCCUGCCCGCUCUGGCUUCUACGUGAGCCGCUCGGCCACCCUGCUCCUGGCCGUGCUGGCAUCCGCGCUGGUGCUGGCGCUGGCCGUGCUCGCCUCCCUCUACGGGCACUGCGCGCGCGUCCAGCCGUGCGACCCGCACGCCGCGUCCCCGGCGCCCCCCGCGCGCCAACAGCAGGAGGAGCCGCCGUCGACCGUGCCGAUCUCCACGACGGCUGAGCCCGAGGACGGCCAGGUCCCUCGCACCUCGCGACCCCCGGGGCCCUGGGACCAGAUGCGCUUGCCCCCCUGGCUGGUGCCGCUGCAUUACGAGCUGGAGCUGUGGCCGCAGCUGCUGCCCGACGACCUGUCGGAGGCGGCGCUGCGCUUCACCGGCCGCGUGAACAUCACCGUCCGCUGCACCGAGGCCACGGCGCGGCUGCUGUUGCACAGCUUCUCCCUGGACUGCCAGGACGCCGAGGUGCGGGGUCCGCUGUCCCCCGGCAAGCGGGAAAGCGCCGGCGGCCGCGUGCAGGUGACCGAGUCAUGGUUCGCGCCCGACAUGCAGUACCUAGUGCUGGAGCUCGGCGAGGCCCUGCAGCCGGGGCGCCUCUACCGGGUGCACCUCAGCUUCUCGGGCGCAGUGAACGUCGACGCUCGGGAGGGACUCUUCCUCAACGUCUAUACGGACCAGGGCGAGCGCAGGGCUCUGCUAGCAUCUCAAAUGCAACCAACAUUUGCCAGGACUGUUUUUCCUUGUUUUGAUGAACCAGCCCUGAAGGCAACUUUUAAUAUUACAGUAAUUCACCAUCCACAUUAUAACGCCCUUUCCAACAUGCCAAAGUGUGGUCAGUCCGAAAAGGAAGAUGUGAAUGGAAGCAAGUGGACUGUUACCACAUUUGACACCACACCCCGCAUGCCAACGUACUUAGUUGCCCUCGCUAUAUGUGACUUUGACCAUAUUAGUAGAACAGAAAGGGGCAAAGAGAUCCGCAUCUGGGCCCGGAAAGAUGCCAUCACUCAUGGAGACGCAGACUUUGCUUUAAAUAUCACAGGUCCUGUCUUCUCAUUCCUGGAGGAUUUAUUUAAUAUUAGUUACCUUCUCCCAAAGACAGAUCUGAUUGCUUUGCCCAUUUUUGACAGUCGUGCAAUGGAAAAUUGGGGUCUUUUGGUAUUUGAUGAGACAGUAUUGCUGCUGACGCCAAGUGAUCAACUAACAGAAAAAAAAACUAUCAUUUCCUACAUUACCUCCCACGAAAUUGUACAUCAGUGGUUUGGAAACUUGGUUACCAUGAAUUGGUGGAACAAUAUCUGGCUCAAUGAGGGUUUUGCAACUUAUUUUGAGUAUGGAAUAAUUAACUACUUAAAUCCUAAACUCACAAAAAACGAGGUAUUUUUCUCUAAUAUUUUACUUAGUAUCCUCAGAGAAGAUCACGCCCUGGAGUCUAGAACUGUGUCCUUGAAGGUGGAAAAUUUCACAGAGACAAGUGAAAUAAAUGAGCUUUUUGAUUUGUUUACUUAUUACAAGGGAGCUUGUAUGGCCCGGAUGCUUUCAAGUUUCCUGAAUGAAAAUUUAUUUAUCGGUGCACUUAAGUCAUAUUUGAGGACAUUUUCUUACUCAAAUGCUGAGCAAGAUGACCUGUGGAGGCAUUUUCAAAUGGCCAUAGAUGACCAGAGUAAAAUUGUCUUGCCAGCCACAGUCAAAGACAUCAUGGACAGUUGGACUCACCAGGGUGGCUUUCCAGUUGUCACCUUAAAUGUCUCCACAGGCAUCAUGAAACAAGAGCCAUUUUAUCUUGAAAACAGAGGCCUGAAGGCCCUUCUCACUCUAAAUAAGACAUGGAUUGUCCCAGUUCUUUGGAUGAGAAAUGGAAUUGCACAGUCUUUAGUCUGGCUAGAUGAAAGCAGCAAAAUAUUUCCGGAAAUGCAAAUUUCAGAUUCUGAUCAUGACUGGGUGAUCUUAAAUUUGAAUACAACUGGGUAUUAUAGAGUGAAGUAUGAUGAACUUGGUUGGAAGAAAAUUAAGGAACAGCUAGAGAAAGAUCCUAAGGCAAUUCCUGUUAUUCAUAGACUCCAAUUGAUUGAUGAUGCCUUUUCCUUGUCUAAAAACAAUUAUAUUGAGAUUGAAACAGCACUUGAUUUAACCAAGUACCUUGCUGAAGAAGAUGAAAUUAUAGUAUGGUAUGCAGUCUUGAUGAACCUGGUAACCAGGGAUCUUAUUUCUGAGGUGAACAACUAUGAUUUAUACCCAUUAUUAAAGAAAUACCUAUUAACAAGACUUACUUCAGUAUGGAAUGUUUAUUCAACCACAAUUCGUGAAAAUGCAGCAGCUCUGGAGGAUGACUAUUUAGCUCUAAUAUCACUGGAAAAACUGUUUUUAACUGCAUGUUGGUUGGGCCUCGAAGACUGUCUUCAAAUGUCAAGAGAACUCUUCAGAAAAUGGAUGAAACAUCCAGAAAAUGAAAUACCUGACCCAAUUAAAAGUGUGAUUUUAUGUUAUGGCAUUGCCUUGGGAAAUGAUAAAGAAUGGGACUUCUUGUUAAAUGUCUACAAAAGCAAAACAAAGGAAGACGAAAAAAUGCAAUAUGCUUAUGCCAUGGGCUGCAGUAGAGAUCCACGGAUACUUAAAAGGUACAUGCAGUAUGCCAUCAUUACGUCGCCAUUCACUUUUAAUGAAACAAAUGUAAUGGAAGUUGUGGCAGCAUCUGAAGUUGGCCGGUACAUUGUAAAGGACUUUUUAGUCGACAAUUGGCAAGCUGUGAGUGAAAGGUAUGGACCACAGUCAUUGAUUACCCUAAUGUAUAGCCUUGGGCGAACCCUAACCACAGAGCCACAGAUCACCGAGCUGCAGCGAUUUUUUAGCCAUAUGUUGGAGGAGCACCAGAGACUCACAGCUCAGGCCAAAUUACAGGCCAUCAAGAAUGAAAAUCUGAAGUACAGAAAGCACCACGCCAGGAUAGCUGCGUGGCUACGGAGACACACGUGA